AUGUACAUAAAUUCUACUUGUAAAUGCGAGCGACCAUUUUUCAUUCAUGUGAGUUACAACAUUCCUAAAAUAUUAGUAGUUAAUUUGUUUGUUAUUUUUUUAACUAUUAUAAUUUUAUAAUUCAUAUAUUAUAAUUUAUAUAUGAAAAUACACUUUAGUGUAAAUUUAUUCUAAUUUUUAUAAAGAUAAGAUAUUUUUUGAUGGUAAAAUUGGUGUUGGUUUUAUCUCAUAAAUUAGUAUCAAAUUAAAAAACUUAUUAUCUAAAAUAGAAAUCUAUUUAAUAUUAAAUAGAUUCUUAUUUGAUCAUUGAAGAUAUAUACCAUAGAUUAAAGAAUAUCUUUCAAAUUAAAAUAUGUUUAUUUUACAUUUAAUAUAUAUCUUUAUUUGAUUAUAAAGUUGAAGAACAUUUCCAAUUUGGCAAUUUGCCAUGAUCUUACCAAUCAAACCCCAAUGUUUAUGUUAAUUACUUCAUCAUUACCACCAACCAUAUACACUUAUUUAAAUAAUAUUUAAAAUCUUAGCGUUACGUGCGACAUAAUUACAAAAUCACAGCUAGAUAGAGGAAGAGGAGAGAGAGAGACAGGGGCGUCGUGUGCAUCCUCCCUUUUCUCAUAGACUUUUUAAUUAAAUCAUCACUAUUUUUAAUUCUGUUCCUUACUUUAUGUAGUUGAUGUGAUGUUCUUCGAUUAUUGUAUGAUUUUUUGUGGCAUUUCUGAUCAACCUAUAGUUUUCCGUCCAUGUAUCAUCGGCAAAUCCGUGAAUCGUAGUCGGCGUUGACGGUGGAACAGAUUGUAUCAAUAUGAGUUUGGUUAAUAACAGCGUCGAGACAGUAAACGCUGCAGCCACCGCUAUAGUUUCCGCCGAGAGCCGCGUUCAGCCGACCUCCGUUCAGAAAAGAAGAUGGAGCAGCUGCUGGAGUCUAUACUGGUGUUUCGGAUCAUACAAACAAAGCAAACAAAUCAGUCACGCCCUUUUAGCUCCUGAAUCAUCAACAACAUCCAAUCCAACAGCACCAUCAACAAUCCAAAACACGAACACCACAAACACCGUCGUAUUCCCUUUCAUUGCUCCGCCGUCUUCUCCGGCGUCGUUCCUCCAAUCAGAUCCCCCCUCAGCCUCCUACUCCCCAGUCGGUCUACUCUCGUUCAAAUCCCAAGGAGUCGCGUCAUCAAUUUUCACAAUCGGUCCCUACGCUUACGAGACUCAGCUAGUUUCACCCCCUGUCUUUUCAACUUACACAACCGAACCCUCCACCGCCUCCUUCACACCCCCUCCUGAAUCCGUUCAAAUCACCACCCCUUCAUCCCCCGAAGUCCCAUUCGCACAGUUGCUGACGUCAUCGCUCGCACGUGCGAGAAAACAAAAUCAGAAGUUCCCAUUUUCACAAUACGAGUUCCAGCCUUAUAACAACACGAAGAAAUUGGGUUCACGAUUGAGUUCCGGAUCCUUGACCCCGAAUGGAUGGGGUUCGAGAUUAGGGUCGGGUUCAUUGACCCCAAAUGGAUUGGGUUCGAGAUUAGGGUCGGGUUCAUUGACCCCAAAUGGAGGCGAAAUGAGUCAGAUUUCUGAGGUGGCGUCGCUUGCCAACUCAGCAACGAAUUCACCCAAGGGAGAAACGUUGGUUGACCAUAGGGUUUCGUUUGACUUGACUCAUUUGGAUCUCGUGAACAAUCUAGAAUCUUCUAGAACUUCAUCAGGGCAUCGGGAUUUUAAUUUUGACAACAUGAAUCCGGGUGUUGGUGUGGCAUUGGGGUCCGAAAAGAAUUGGACAUUUUUCCCUAUGUUACAGACGCCGGUUAAGCCGAGCUGAGGGUAAAUGGGUAAUUUACUAUUAUGCCCUUAAGAGGUACAGAUAUCUGAUUUGUCAUUUGGGCUUUUGAUGUAUGCAAUUUAUAUAUAGAAUUUGUUAUGAGUUAGUUCGCUUUUACAUGUAUUAUGAUUGCAAAUAGAAAUAUAUUUAAAUUAUAUCGUAAUAGAAAGAUAAAUGAAAAGGACACGUGGCAAUUGGUAAUUGGAUGGUAUAAGAUGUGAAGAGUUUAUGGACGAAAAAUGACUCUUUUUCACGUCUUUUCUUGCAUUAUAACAUCCAGUUGGAGUUUAUCUUAUUAUACGACUUAUUGUGUGUCUCGUAUGUUGACAAUAUCUUAGAGUCUAGUGUUGAAG